AUGUGGCAUACUACACUGUCAUAUCAGAAUGUACCACUAGAGUAUAGUACAGAAUUGUAUUUUGCAGAAAAGUACAACACUACCACCGCAGAAUUGGCUACAGCUGUGCAGUCCCGUAGAGCCUACUCUAGCCAGCCAGAAUUUGCACCCAGUUUGCUCAACUUGCGGUUGGGAGAGAUUCUCAGAUGUGAAAAACAUCCUGAUGCCGAUAAACUAUAUGUUUCACAGAUUCAGAUCGAGAAAUCAGCAUCCGAUGGUGAAAAGGUAGCGAGGACCGUACAAGUAUGUUCUGGUUUGGUCAAUUACAUUCCUGUGGACCAGAUGCAAAACCGUCGUGUGGUCGUUUUAACUAACCUCAAACCUUCGAAGAUGAGAGGAGUCAAGUCUGAGGCCAUGUUACUUGCCGCAGAAGAGACAAAUGGAGAAUCAACCACAGUAGAAUUGAUAAACCCACCAAAAUCGGCAUUAGUAGGUGCUAAGCUCACGUUCGAUGGGUUUCCUUCAGAUUCAGAGCCUCCGAGAUUGAAGCCCAAGGCAUGGGAAGCCAUACAGUCACACUUGAAAACUAAUACUAAAGGAGAAGCCAUUUACUUGGCUGAAGAUGGAACUGAACACCUCUUGAGAGCACUCGAAUCAUCUGAGCCAGCAAAAUCCGACACCUUG